AGGCAUUGCAACCCCUGGUUUCCAUCACCACCACUGUAAAGCAGUGCGAGUCGAUUCUCAAGUCAAGAUCCAAAUGACCCAUGAGGAGGCUAUGUGGCAGCCAAGCGACAGUCAGUACUCCAGCCCUAUGGAAUAUCAGAUAAAAUGGGGACUCUGUUAGAAUCUAUAACAAGGCUGUGACUACACAGAAAAGGACCCGCCGUUCCACUUUCAAACCUGAUCUGACUGCCUGCUCUUGUACAGUCUACAGACUCUACCUUUUCCCCUUUCUCCACAAUUACCAUCUUCUUACCCUCUUCCCACUAUCCCCCAUCAUGAAGAGUAAGUUGUACAUCCUUUCCUCUCCUUGUACUCUCCUCCUCCCCCUUUCUUUUCUUUUCCUGCUAUUUUCAGCACCAACUCCUGUCAGUGGUGACUGCUGGCUUAUUGAGGGGGACAAAGGCUAUGUAUGGCUGGCCAUCUGCAGCCAGAACCAGCCACCAUAUGAGACAAUCCCGCAGCACAUCAACAACACUGUGCAUGACUUGCGGCUCAACGAAAACAAGCUCAAGGCUGUCUUCUUCUCCUCACUCAGCCGCUUCACCAAUCUGACAGACCUCAACCUCACGAAGAAUGAGAUAUCCUACAUUGAGGAUGGUGCUUUCGCUGCCCAAGCUAACUUGCAAGUCCUGCAACUGGGAUACAACAAACUGACCAACCUGACUGAAGGCAUGUUGCGAGGACUGGGGCGCAUGCAGUGCCUCUUCUUGCAGCACAACCUGAUUGAGGUCAUUGCCACCAAUGCCUUCUGGGAGUGUCCCAGCCUCAGCAGUCUGGAUCUGUCUUCUAACAAGCUGGCUCGGUUAGACCCAUCCACAUUCACUGUGUUGGCAAGGCUGAUGGUGUGUGAGCUGGCAGGGAACCCUUUUCACUGCGGAUGUGAGCUGUACAGUUUCCUUACCUGGCUGGAAGCCUUCAACAAUGUCACACACACCUAUGAUCGGCUACAGUGCGAAACUCCUCGGGAGCUUUUUGGCUACCCGCUGCUGAGCCCUGUUGGAGGACAUGGUCGCAGUGCUCGUAACAUCCUCUCUUCCAUGUGCCGGGAUGGAGUGUUUAUUCCAGGGAUGACUUCACUGCCACCAGAUUCUGAUUCCUCGGGCAUGGGCCCCGAUAUGUUUGGGCCAUACCAUCAGCCCACAACCUCAUCCUCCUCUGAGAAUUCCUUUAGCCCCAGCAUCAAACUUCAGCAUGUAUCUCUUUCUUCGGCAUCCUUACUAGUGCAAAUACCCCGGCCCUACAGCAAGAUGUAUAUCCUUGUACAGUACAACAAGAGCUAUGUUUCUGACGUGAUGAACCUGAAGAACAAGAAGGAGCUGAUUACUCUCAACAAGCUCAAACCAAACACCAACUACACCUUUUGUGUGGCUUCAAUACGUAAUUCACAGCGUUUUAAUCACACAUGUCUUUACUUCUCCACUCGAGCUCCUACCCCAGAUAUGCUGCCCAACCCCUCCACUACGACUCAUUACAUCAUGACUAUCGUGGGCUGCUUGUUCGGGAUGCUGAUUGUUCUUGGCCUGGUGUAUUACUGUUUGCGGCGGCGCCGAAGGCAGGAAGAGAAAGAGAAAUCGAUCUGUGUAAAGAAGACCAUCCUGGAGAUGCGCUAUGGACCAGAGGUGGCAGCAGCAGCUGCAAAUGAUCCAACAGCAGUACAGAAGCUCCAUGAACAAAGCCACCACCAGCACCACCAUGGCAAGCUGCCUAUGUCCUCCUCCUCCAGCUCAGGCUUGCUUGGCCAUGGCUCUGCAAACACAAGUUCUUCACGACUGUCCUCCAUCCCUCAAGUAGAGAAGAUGGCCACUGCUUUCUCUGAGGCCAUGGCAAGCAAGGGCAACUACAUGGAUAUUAGGACUUCAGUAGGAGUAGAAGAAAGAGGGAGAGAUGGAGUGAUGCAGGCUGUCAGAGCAGAAGACCUCAGAGAGGAAGAUGGAAGUGACCUUGGAGAUGACUCAGAUGAUGAUGGUCGUGGAUCAGCAUCAGAGAUCUCCACUAUUGCGAUGGAAGUUGACAAGGUCAACCAGAUCAUCAACAACUGCAUUGAUGCCCUCAAGCUUGAUUCUGUAGCCACCGCUGUGUCCUCUGCUACUACAACAAGUGGGAAUCCCACCUCACCUCCACCAACCAGUACCUCUUCCUUGACCCGGGGACUCAUUCCACUCUCAACUGGUGUCACUGAGGCCUGCCAGGUAAUGCCCUCCCCAAAAAUCCCUCCUCCUCCUCCUCUUCCCCUGACAGGUCCCCUAUCUGAAAGGCCAGGGAUCACAGGAGGUGGCUUCGUGUCACCUCCUUAUCGCCCCCCACCACCAGCUACAGCAGUGAGACCUAUCCAGAGACAGAUGAGUGCAGAUGCAGCUGUUAUUGUCAGCUCUUCCAAAAAGCACUGUGGCCCUGCUGGUGGAAAGGCCCGUGUUUACAGCCUGGAUGUCCCUGAGCCUCGGAGUCCUGAUCCAUGCCAUUAUCCUGAAAAGGGAAGCCCAGUGGGUUGUGGAGAACCCCUUGAGAGGCUGCCGUUAGUUGGUAGUAGUGGUGGUGGCGGUGGGGGCUGUAACAUGGAUGGAGGCACCAUGGAUGGCAUGGGUCAGCAUCUAGAGGUACAUCCAGACUACCACUGUGCAGAGCACCGUCACUCUGUCCCUGCUCUCUACUAUGAGGGCUCCCAUGACUCCCCUGCCCAAAGGGCAUCUUUCCUCAAACCCUUAUCACGUACCAAGAGGGACGCUGCUUCCUACUCUCAGCUCUCGCCCCGCCACCACAACUACUCGGGCUACUCGUCCAGCCCAGAGUAUUCCUCCGAGAGCACCCUGCGAAUUUGGGAGCGCUUCCGUCCCUACAGAAAAGGCCCACGCGAGGAGUCCUGCUACAUCACGGCCGGAAACGCUCUGCGCAAGAAGGUCCAGUUUGCAAAGGGCGAGGACUUGCAUGACAUCCUCGACUACUGGAAGGGUGUAUCAGCACAGCAAAAGCUAUGAGCU